AAAUCAACCAAAGAUGAAAGAAAUCUUUUAGAUAGAAUUCUAGCACCUACGUCACAAAAUCUGCAAAUACUUGAAAUGGCUCUGGAUGUUUUCAGGCAUUAACAUGAAAAGAGGAUUACUGGUGCCUCAAAAAUAAAUUUCCUAACAAAAUUAUUUGUUAUAACUGCAUUUACCGAAAACCUCAAGCAGCAAGAUCGGCAUUUACUUCAAUGUAUUACUGAAGCCUCGGCUCCCAGAUAGCGGUUCACAAUGACCGAGUACGACCUGUCGAUGACGGUGGCGUCCUACCUGGACCGGCACAUGGUGUUUCCGCUGCUGGAGUUCCUCUCCCGGCUCGAGGUCUAUGACGAGACCGACAUCAACAAGUGCCGGCUCGAGCUGCUCAAGGGCUCCAACAUGGUGGACUACAACAUCGAUAUCCUGGAGCUGGUGUACCCGGACCGCGAGGUGCCGGCCGAGAUCAACGACCGCCGCAGCGAGGUCAUCCAGGAGUGGAACGAACUCAAUCUGGAGACGAAGCCCAUCUUCGCCAUCCUCCACGACGAGGAGGUGAAAAAGCAGAUCCAGGUAUCGCGCGACUCGAAGCAGCUAGUCGACUUCCUGGUGGAGCGGUUCAACUUCAAGGUGGAGAUGAUGGACACGCUGUACAGGCUGGCCAAGUUCAACUACGAGGUGGGCAACUACGGCCGCGCCGCGGAGUGUCUGUACCUGCAUAAGGUGCUGGUGCCCACCAACGACAAAAACUACCUGAACAGCCUGUGGGGCAAGUUCUCGUCGGAGAUUCUGAUGCAGCACUGGGAGGCGGCCGUGGAGGACAUGAACCGGCUCAAGGAGUACAUCGACAACCACCCGUUCAGCAGUGACGCCCAGGCGCUGACGCAGCGCUGCUGGCUCAUCCACUGGAGCCUGUUCGUGUUCUUCAACGCGCCCAAGGGCUACGAGCUGCUGAUCGACAUGUUCCUCUACCAGCCCAACUACCUAAACACCAUCCAGACCAUGUGCCCGCACAUCCUGCGCUACCUGGCCACGGCCGUGGUCAUGAGCCGCCAGAACCGGCCCAACGCGCUCAAGGACCUCGUCAAGGUCAUCCAGCAGGAGUCGUACUCGUACCGCGACCCCAUCACAGAGUUCAUCGAGUGCCUCUACGUCAACUUCGACUUUGACGGCGCGCAGCACAAGCUGGAGGCCUGCGAGGCCGUGCUGGCCAACGACUUCUUCACCGUCUCCUGCCCGGCCGACUUCAUCGAGAACGCGCGGCUGAUGACGUUCGAGACGUUCUGCCGGAUCCACCAGGUGAUCAGCAUCAACAUGCUGGCGCAGAAGCUGAACAUGGACCCCAAGGAGGCGGAGCGGUGGAUCGUUAACCUGAUCCGGCAGGCGCACCUGGACGCCAAGAUAGACUCUGCGCAGGGCCACGUCAUCAUGGGCCAGCAGGCCGUGUCGCCCUACCAGCAGCUCAUCGAGAAGACCAAGCACAUCAGCUUCCGGGCGCAGACGCUCACAGACACCAUCCGGAAGAAGCUGAGCGCCAAGAACCAGGAGCACGGCGGCUGGGCGGGAGACAUGUGACCAGCUGCCGGUCGGUAGCGCCAGCGACACUGUGGACUUUUAAUAUACAUUCGGAUGGUUCGCGGAGGA